AUGACCCUCCACCAGCCCCGCUACAGGAUUGACAGGUCCAUCUACACAUCCGCCAGCUUUGAUGAACAAUAUGAGAAGAAAGAAAGGAGCUACCCCACCUGGGAGAAACUGCGCAAUCAGUUCAGGUGUUCAGGCCCACGAGUUAAGGCCCUCCUGUUCAGACUUUUCCCAAUCAUCACUUGGCUUCCUAAGUACAAAGUAAAAGAGUCUCUGCUUGUUGAUGUGCUCAGCGGUGUGAGUGCCGGGACCAUUCAAGUGCCUCAAGGCAUGGCCUUUGCAUUGCUGGCUAACCUUCCACCGGUCAAUGGGCUCUACUCAUCUUUUUUCCCCCUCAUAACAUACUUCUUCAUGGGAUCAGCCCACCAAAUGGUACCAGGCACCUUUGCUGUGCUCAGCAUUAUUGUGGGCAUCGUCUGCAUGGACCUGGUGCCCCCAGCCACACUGAACAACAACAGCACCGCUGAGAAAUCUGCAGAGGAGGCUGCCCUUGAUAAUGCCCGUCUGGGGAUUUCCGCAACACUGGCGUGUCUCACAGCUCUUAUUCAGAUCAGCUUGGGACUGAUGCAGUUUGGGUUUGUGGCUAUCUACUUGUCAGAGUCAUUCAUCCGUGGUUUUAUGACAGCGGCUGGCUUGCAAAUUCUUAUCUCUGUGCUGAAGUAUAUUUUCGGGAUCCAUGUUCCUCCAUAUAGCGGACCACUAGCUGCUGUGAAAACCCUGAUAAACCUCUGCAGUAAUCUCCACAAAACCAAUGUAGCAUCACUCAUAUUUGCCCUUGUGAGCAGCGUGGCCUUGAUCAUUGUGAAGGAACUCAACUUGAAAUUCAAGCACAAAAUUCCUUUCCCCAUCCCUAUCGAGAUAAUAAUAGUCAUUGUGGCCACAGCUAUCUCUGGACCUCUGAACAUGCCCCAUAAAUACCAUAUGGAUAACGUUGGCCCAAUUCCUUUGGGUUUUCCAGCCCCUGUUCUCCCAGAGGUGAAAUACUGGGGGUAUAUGAUUGGCACGGCCUUCUCACUAGCAAUUGUAGGCUAUGUGAUAAACCUUGCUAUGGGUCGCACCCUUGCAGCCAGGCAUGGCUAUGACGUGGAUCCUAACCAGGAGAUGUUGGCUCUGGGCUGCAGCAACUUCUUUGGCUCCUUCUUUAAGAUUCACGUCAUCUGUUGUGCACUCUCAGUAACUCUAGCAGUGGAUGGUGCCGGUGGAAAGUCUCAGUUUGCCAGUCUCUGUGUCAUGUUGGUAGUUUUGGUGACGAUGCUUGCCCUUGGCGUUUAUCUUGAACCUCUCCCAAAGUCUGUUCUGGGUGCACUAAUAGCUGUCAAUCUGAAGAACACGUUGAAGCAGUUAUCGGACCCAUACUACUUGUGGAAGAAGAACAAGUUGGACUGUUGUGUUUGGAUGGUAAGCUUCCUAUCAGCUUUCUUUCUGAGCCUGCCCUAUGGUGUCGCUGUGGGUGUGAUCUUUUCCAUGAUGGUGGUGGUCUUCCAGACGCAAUUUCGAAACGGCUCUGCUGUUGGUCAAGUUCUAGGCACAGACCUUUACAAGAAUCCUAAAGUGUACAGCCAGGUUCAGGAUUUGAAUGGAAUCAAAAUUGUCACCUACUGCUCUCCAAUUUACUUUGCAAAUGCAGAAAUUUUCCGGCAGAAGGUCAUUAACAAGACCGGACUGGACCCUGGAAAAAUGUUGAUCGAGAACAAGAAGUUCUUCAAGAAGGAAAAGGAAAUGAAGAGCAAUGCCAAACGCAGAUCUUUGAAAAACUCAAAGCAGCAGGCAGUGUCCAUGCAGGAGCUCAAAACCGACUUUGACCCAACCAUUGACUCUAACAACAACAUGGAGACCAGCAGCAGCAACUUUUCUUAUGUCAACUUCAACAGCAACAGCGUUGUGGACCUGGACAGCAUUCCCUCAUUUACAGAGCCAGCAGCAAAGCCCCCUGCCCCUCCAUUUCACACCCUGAUCCUGGAUCUAGCUGGUGUCUGCUUUGUUGACCUCAUGGGCAUAAAGACUCUCACUCAGAUGACCUCCUGUUAUCAGAAGGUUGGAAUAAAACUAUACCUGGCGAAUGUUCAAGCUCAAGUGUUUGAGGAGCUAGAUGCUGGGGGUGUCUUCAAAGAUGGCAGCCUUGACAAAAAGCAUCUCUUUCUCUCUGUUCAUGAUGCUGUACUUUGGGCUUUGGAGGAAACAAGUGACACGUUGGAGCAGGAGACUCUAGACAAGGAGAAUUCUGGAGAGAAUAACCAAGAAAUGGAGGAAUUAAAUAUACAUGAUCUUGAAGAGGAAAUGUUUGGGUCAAUGUUUGAUAAGAGUGAGUACAUUUAA